UGUUGUAAAAUGGGAUAGGAAAGCUUGAAAACGCCACGUUUUUCUGUCGCUGUUCGAUUGCCUCUUUUGUUACUAAAUGUUUCUGUGUUGAUUUGGGUCGCACAUUUAUGGCGUUUUUGAGCGUCAGUGGGGAUUUCUGCCAGGCUCAGCACCUCGCCUUUGCAGACAAGUGAACCGACGGCCCCCCACGGCAAGACCACGCCAGCCGGAAACCUCCCUAGACAGACACCAGGGCGAACACUGAGACUGAAACGCUACCGCGACUGGGAAAUAUUUCCGCGCUUCUACAGACUUGCUGUUCUGGGCACCCCCCUCACCCCCCCCUCUUCUAUUAUUUACACUUCCUGAAUGGGGUAAACAUUCCCUGGAUCUCUGAUUGGAUGACUGAAGGAUAGUAGGUUUUUUUUUUUUCCCCUCCCUGGAAAGGGGCUCAGUGGAAUUAGCGAACCCUCCCCUACACGUUUUUGCCGUUGCCAUUUAUUUUAAUUAGUUUUAUUUUGUAUCGUCAGAUCUGCGUGUACGAAAUAUCUCGAAGCCACAGAAUUAUUCCUAGCUGACAUCUGAGCCAAAGUUAGGGAUUUGUCAACCCUACGACUCUCCCUGCUACUUGUGUUUUUUUUUUAAUUAAUAAAACAAUUUUUAUUUUAUUUGUAUUAUAGUUUAAUAUUUUUUAAACCCUUUUUUUGGACUCUUUGCUUGCCAAUAUGAACCGUCCUGCCCCUGUUGAGAUUACGUACGAAAGCAUGAGGUUUUUAAUAACGCACAACCCAACCAAUGCAACCCUCAACAAGUUCACUGAGGAACUAAAGAAAUAUGGAGUCACAACACUGGUCAGAGUGUGCGAUUCCACCUAUGACACAGCACCGGUGGAGAAGGAAGGGAUCCAGGUGGUGGACUGGCCCUUCGAUGAUGGAGCACCUCCCCCAAAUCAGAUAGUUGACGAUUGGCUGAACCUCUUGAAGAACAAGUUUCGAGAGGAGCCGGGGUGCUGCGUGGCGGUGCAUUGUGUUGCCGGACUGGGCCGAGCGCCUGUUCUGGUGGCCCUCGCCUUAAUAGAAUGUGGAAUGAAGUAUGAGGACGCAGUCCAGUUUAUACGACAAAAGAGACGUGGCGCUUUCAACUCCAAACAGUUGCUUUACCUCGAGAAAUACCGACCCAAGAUGCGCCUACGAUUCAAAGAUGCCAAUAACCACAACUGCUGCCUGCAGUAGGGCGAGGAAAACGAUAAAAGGAAAACGAAUACAAAUCUUGGUCUUUCGGACCGUGCUGUCGCCUGGGAAUGUCAACAUCGAACCGAGCCAAAAUGGAGGAGUGUUUUAAUCAUGAGUAAGGCUGCCACGUUUAAACCACCUGCAGUAAAGUGAACGGAAACUUUUAAACGCUGAGCGGGGCCUUUUCAAGCAAAACGAUACUUACAAACAAUGAAUUAGGGGCAGUAACGGUACUUAAUACGCUCUAGUGAAAAAUACAAGUGGAGCUAAAACUUCACAGCUUAAAGAAUUAUUUGCACAGGAGCUUCUCUGGUGAGAUAGAUAAUCUGGAACAGGUAUAUGGCUAAUUUCAGUUCAAUGUUAAGCACAUAACUGCCUUUUUACUGUCAUACUUUAAUGCUGACAAUUCUGGGAGUUAAACCUACACCAGCAAACAAGAAACUAAACUGUCAAUAAAACUGUGAUGGAGGAGUAAGUAAUUCCUACAUGAUGAAGUCCAAGCAAGGCAAUGUAGAUCUUUACAGUCCGCAGUCUUGCAGUAUUAAUUUGGCAGUAUCUUUGCACAAAACAAGGCUAGGGUGUCUAAUAAUGGACACAAUAUUAAAGCAAACGGGAGGUAAAUUAAGCAGACAGUCAGCUGGUCAAUGUUCGUUUCAAGAUUGUGAAAUUAAACUAAAUAGAGAUGCUUACAUGUUUUAAAGGUGGCAGCCUUAAUCACAAUGUUUUUUUUUUUUUUUUUUUUUUUUUGUAAAAAACCAAACUGGGUGGGUGGGAUAACCUCUUAAUUGUGUAGGAUCACAUUGUCCUUUUUUUGUAUUCUGGUUGAUCUGGUCAGAUUGUAUCAAAGGGGAAUGUACAGUGUGGCUGGUCUGAAAUCAGGGGUAAUGGUACAGCACUACACUUCUGUGUUUGGGUUGGGGAGUGGUUGAUUGGUGGGGUUGGCAGUCCAGAUUUAGUCUGUGCAAAUCUCGGUGGUUUGUAUUUUGAAGUAAGCAAGACCGUACUUUAACGUAAUUUAAAUAAAGUCAUGAUUUUUGCACAAAAAUAAAAGCUUCCAAAAGGAUUUCCUUCAAUGCAGUAAUGUAUUUGGGGGCCCCCAUGCAAUGUGCAAUGUUGGGGUGGGGGUGGGUAGAUGUGCCAGUUAGCUAGCCAUGUUGUUCAGUGCAGUGUCUUAUCUACAGAACAGAUUCCCUCCUCGCUCUUGUUUAGUAAUAUAGUUUUUUAUUUAUCUGUACUGAUUUGGAAAUACUCAACAAAAGUCGCAAUAGCAGCAAAGGUCCUUUGAAAGCUAUUACCUACCGUCCUCUGAACAGCUACCUUUUCAGACUGGAAGGAGAUCAGCCAAUGUGGUUCAAAUGGGUACAGGCAGGCUUCCAGUCACCUGACUGGGUUACAGAGAUGUUUAACAUUUUAUUUCAGGAUAACGUUUUGGUUCCAGAGCAGUCGUUUGUACGUUGCAACAUGCACAGUGGAGAGACUUUCUCUACUGCCAGAUAGAU